UUUAAUGUAAAAGACUGAGUAUUUCAUUAGUGGAAUUUUAUUGAGAUACAUUUUUCAAAGUGAAAAGAAUUGUGCGAAAUGAUGCGUCGUAAUUUAAUUGUGGCCUUUAAACCAAUAAAAAAUAACUCAGUGAUUUUAUCUGAAUUAAACCAUCGAAUUAUGAUGCUGAAUGACAAUAGAAAUAGUUGUUUAAAUCUGGUUAAUAAUAACAUUGAUUAUUAUUGCUCUUGGAUGCCAUACGGAAACCAUUCAAUACGAGACACAGAAAUUGGUAUCAAUUCUGCUGUAGCAGAAGCAAUAGGUCUAUCGGAAGGAUCAAUUGUCAGUUGCAAAGUUGUUGAAGAACUUCCAAUAUUAGACAUGGUGUAUGUAACCACCAAUAAUCAAAAGGACUGGGAAAUGCUUGAAGCAUCAAGUUAUCGUAUUCAAAAUACGUUAUUAGAUCAAACGCGUAUAGUUAACGAGGGUAAAAAGCUCAUAGUCUGGAUCAACAAUGCCAUUUCCAUUUGCUUGAAAAUAGAAAAACUUCAUCCAGAAACAAAAUACGGUAAAAUUGAAAGAAACACUGAAAUUGUUGUAGAACCCUUCAAAGAACCAACACCAAAAGUAAACGGAAAAAAUCAAAAGCAAUUGGAAAAUAAUGAAACUAUUGCGAUAAGUAACAAACAAUCAAAUCAGAAUCAAAGCUCAUUGUAUGAGCGAUUAUACAAGAAGGAUGCAGCGAAAGAUCGCAAAACUUCUCCGAUACCACAAACGAUGAUUGGAAAUGUUAUUGACAGCAGAACAUUGGACAAUGUAUCUAAGAAGUCAACUGAUGAUGAGGAUUCAUCUUCAGAAUCAGAACCUUCGGUGUAUAAUGAAAAUUUGCAAAAUAUCUCAAAUGAUUCAGAAACAAUGGCUCAACCAAAAAAUGAAUCAUUUUCUAAGAAACCAAAAAUUAAAUUUGAUGUCCAAACUCGUUUGUUUGACGCAAUGCUAUGUGAACUGCGGAAGAGUCUAGAUCGAAAAAUGUACAAAUUCAGAGCAAUCCCAAAAAAAUGGAAUGACUCACAAAUGUGUGAUGUAUUUUUAACAAAAUAUAACACUCCUGACGAAUUUGAUCCGAGAAAAAUUUAUGUAAUGAGCUGUGAGUCCAUGAAUGAGAAUGAAGAACGUGCCAUGAAAGAAUAUUACGUAAACAUAAAAAUGGUUUCCGAAACAGCAGAAACAUCAAAAAAUAUUCAUCGUUCCAUUGAGAUUAAUGAUGUACUAUUAGCGCAAAUGAAAAUACCAAAAUUCACAAGAAUUACUUUAAGUACAAAGAAAACUGUUUUGAAUUUCAUCGAAAAGAUCGAAUUGAUUUUAACAAGUAAUUCUGAAACUUACAACAAACAAGAAGUUUUGGACGAUUUCAAAAAGUUAUUGAUCAAAUGUUCUCGUUCAUCACCAUUACUCAUAAAUCAAGAACAAAUAUUUAAAUUAUGCGAAGAGAGUGUUUUUGUGAUUGUAAAAAUUUAUCCGGAAACUUUCAGGUAUUGUUUGUGCGAUGCUGAGAUAUUGCGUGAAAAUAAACUGUUCAUUUCCGAACAAAGAAAGGAUAUUACGCAUAUACUAACUUUGGCCGACGACAUUUCAUGUCAGAAGUAUAUGGAUCGAUCCGAAGAAAUAAAAUUCUUCGUAAAUUUAAAUGAAAAUGAAAACAUUAUUGAAAAUUGUGUAGAAAAUAUUAUUAAAAUGAAUUGUUUAAACGCAGAAAAUCGCUUGCGAAAAUCAAAAAAUUAUCUAAUUAUAGGAUCGCAAACAUCUGGCAAAUCCACGAUUUGUGCGAAAAUUAUAGAAAAAUUAGAACGUCCACCAUAUAAUCUCUACGUUGAAAUAUUUAAUUGUGCCCAAAACAAAGCACGUAAAGCAGAAUCUAUACAAAAAGAUCUACGAAUUAUUUUAACAAGGUGUGUUGAGCGAUCUCCGUCUGUGUUGCUCUUGGACAAUUUGGAUUCUUUAGUGAAAUCUGUUACAUCUGAUCAUUCACAAAAUUCAGAUUAUUACAAUCAAGUGUCAGAUAUUGUCAAAUAUAUGAUAGCAACAUACACAGAAAACUGCUCGAUUUUUGUUAUUGCAACCGUUACAAAUAUAAAUAACUUAAAUCAGCGCUUGUAUACGUCUCGCGGAAAUCAUUUAUUUGGAAAAAUGUACAAAAUACCCGAGCUAACGAAGGAAAAUCGAAAAACAAUCAUUCAAGAAUUGUGUAAAAACAGUAAUUUAAAAUGUCAAAAUAAUUUGAAUUUCGACAAGUUGGCCAAUUUAUCAGAAGGAUAUACAAUUGGAUAUUUUUUACAAUUUCUUGAUCGUGCAACCUUUUAUGCAUUUCGCAACGAUAAUUUAAACCCCAUACUCACGAAUGAUGUAUUUCUUGAAUCUCUGAAAACUACAAAUACAUACUGUUUGCAAGGCAUUGAGAACAAUAUUAGCGAAUCUUUUGAAGAUACAAAUACGACUGAUAAUCAAUUUCCUGGUCUCGAAGAUGUUUUGAGUGUUUUUGAAGAAGUUCUCGUUUGGCCCUCAAAAUAUCCAAACGUUUUUGGAAAAUCUCCAUUACGGAAUCAAGCAGGAGUUUUAUUGUAUGGAGAACCAGGCACGGGGAAAACAUUUAUCGUCUCACAAAUAGCACGCCAUUGGAAUUUGCGAAUGAUUUCUGUGAAAGGACCCGAGCUACUAGCUAAAUUCAUUGGACAAAGCGAAGAGAAUGUUCGGAACCUAUUCGACAAAGCACGAAAUGCAAAACCAUGUGUACUAUUUUUUGAUGAAUUUGAUAGUAUCGCGCCAAGAAGAGGCCAUGAUUCGACUGGGGUGACCGAUCGAGUAGUAAAUCAGCUUCUUACGGAACUGGAUGGUGUUGAAGAGCUAAGAGGUGUGAUUGUAGUGGCGGCCACUUCUCGACCAGACUUGCUAGAUCCUGCGCUAUUGAGAUCGGGUCGAAUUGACAGAUUGGUCCAAUGUAAACUACCGCAAUGUACAGCACGGCUGGACAUAUUUAAAUUCAUUGCUCAAUCGUCAUCAUUGAAGCUAGCAUCUGAUGUAAACUUCGAGCAUUUUUGUGAUGGAAAAACAGAAAACUAUACUGGUGCUGACAUUAAGAGCAUUUUAGUAUCGGCGAAUAUGAUAGCGGUGAAGGAAUUUAUAGAUAAAUAUUCCGAUAAUAUAUCCGAAGACAUUUAUAUCAAUCAGAAACAUUUGAUUGAAGCAUUCAAAAAUACAAAACCAACGUUAAACAAUGCAGAAAAAAAGAAAUAUAAUUCAAUAUAUGCUAGAUUUUUGAAUCAAGAAGACAUGAGUCGGGCAAUAAUAUCCGGACAACAAAGGGCAACAUUAGCUUAAAACCUUUAUUCAAUUGUGUUUUUUUUUUAUUUUCAAAUAAGUUGAAAAAAGUAGUAUUUAAUUGUUUGUUGUAUUCACUUUUCAAACUAGAAGUUUCGAAUAAAAUUUAACUUCUAUUGUAUCUGUUUCCCUCA